AUCUUAAUGAAAUUGUGGCCACGGCAGGAUCAUAUAAGGGUGGAACAAAGGAAGAGUAAUCGAAAUAAAGGUUCUUGAAUGAACCAAAAUCAGUUUCCAAACACGCCUCUGAGCAAACAACAGAUGCAAUGUGGAACUGAAACCCUAGAAUCAGUGGCGUAGUGGCGAGCAUGAUAGCUCUUUCAAGGCCCUUCACCAAGAUUUUCCCCUCCAUUUUCUUUCGAAGUUUCCAUUCGAAUUUGGGUCCCAUCGCAGCAACCAGGCGUCAUCGAUAUUCUAAUUUUAUCUCAGCUAUCCCAGAUGAUGUCUCCUGGAUAUUGCCAUUCUUUGCUAUUCUGAGUAAAUCUAUUGGUAGUUAUCAAUCAUUAGCAACAGAGGCCUCUCCUGAUGAAGAGGUUGUGCCAGAUGAAUUCUUGAAUGAAAUUCUUUCUGAUAUAGAAAGGUCUCCAAAAUUCUCCAGUGAGAAACUUUGUACUACUUACAUUGAUAAAUUGUUGAAAGCUGGGAAUCCUUCAGCUGCUGCUAGGUUCAUGCAGUCCUUGCAUGAUAAACACAUAUUCCUUAGUCCUAAUGCAUAUAAUCUCCUUCUGGUAGCAGCAAGUGAAGCAAAUGCCAUUGACUUUCUAUCUCAGAUUUUUAAGGAUCUAUUGGUGUCCAAUAAGCCCUUGUCUUCAACUUCUUAUUUCAAUGUUGCCAAGGUUUUUACAAAGACCGAUGAUUCUGUCCUGCUCAAAUUUGUGAGAGAAGUAUCAGAAUUAACCUUUCCAAGAAAUGCAACGAUUCUCAACAGGAUCAUCCAUGCCUUUGCUGAGUGUAGGCAGAUUGAGAAAUCCCUGAUCAUAUUUGACCACAUGAAGAGUUUGAAAUGUAAACCAGAUUUGAUCACAUAUAAUACUGUUCUAGGGUUCUUGGGUCGGGCAGGCAGGCUGGAUGAAAUGCUGCAUGAGUUUUCCUCCAUGAAAGUGGCCAAUAUUGCCCCAGAUAUUAUUUCAUAUAAUACUUUAUUAAACAGCUUGCAGAAGGUUGGGAGAUUGGAUUUGUGCUUAGUAUUUUUUAGAGAAAUGGGUGAGAAUGGACUCAAGCCAGAUUUGCGAACUUACCGAGCGCUGAUUGAGGGUUUUGGUCAGUCAGGGAACCUUGAGGAAGCACUGAGACUCUUUUCUGAGAUGAAACAAGGGCAGAUCUGUCCAUCUAUCUAUAUUUACCGAUCAUUAAUUAAUUAUUCAAAGAAGAUGGGGAAGGUGGAGCUAGCAAUGUCUUUAUCGGAGGAGAUGAAUGCAUGUCUUCCAGAUCUUAUUGGUCCAAAGGAUUUCAAACAGAAAAAUAGGUAGCUAAGAACUUCAAAGUAAUUUUGAAGUGUCAGAAUUCAUAGGUCAGCUCAAGCAAGGAUUUGUUAUGGAGGCACAGUUCAUGUAUCAUGCUUGACAUUGGUCCCUUGAGAAAUGAUUGGUGGUGCAUGUGUGCCUGUUGGCUUGUGCGAAAGUUGGGCUACCAUUUUGGACCUGAUUGGUAAAUUCUCAACAUGUCCUCAAAUUUUUGGUAAUAUCUGGAGCAGCUGGUUUUGUAGGUUCAUGAUUUAAGGGCAAGGGCAGGCUGGCAGCAUUAGAGGAUCCGAGUACUGAGGUGGGGGACAAGCUAGAUGAGUAGUUGACUGCAGCAGCAGUUUGACAUUUAAGAUUGAAUUUUCAUCCUAACUACUGGUCUGACAUCUGGCAUCAACUUUGAUGAAUAUAUCAGCCCAUUUAUGUUUUUGUUCUGGGUAUGAGCUUUUUUCUGGAGCCUCGUUGAAACUGUCUAAUGGGGGUGUUGGUGGGAAAUACAUUCAAUACAGUAUGAAUUCUGCAACAACCGUGUCUUGACCCUGUAUGAUACGUGUUCCCUUACAUAUCUUCUAGUUUAAUUCAUGUUAUGAUUAUAGUUAAAUAUUUAUGGCUUCUCCAGAGCAUCAGGCAGCCUGCCUGAGUGUUGGAAACAAACAAGGGUAUGAAGGUGUUGGAAUUUAGGAGCUUGGCUGAGAAAAAAAAAAGGAUGCUAUAACGUAAAAUAUUGGAAGAAUAUUUUAAUUUUGGAUUGUGAAAAAUCCUAUGUCAUGAAUCACGUGAUAUUCUACCCACUA